CUCUGGACAGGGGAAAAACGGGAGAGCAUUUCCAUUUGCAUUUUUUUUUCCUUGUGACAUCUAUGCCUUGGUCGCUCCCUCUUUAAUUUCUUCGUCCUUCUUUCCCUUUUUGCCUCGACCUCUUGCUCGCCACCACGGCUCCAGCAGACACUCGACAGAGUCAGUUUCGGGCCAGGAAUUCCGUGCUUCAUUGACACGUCCAAUAGCGCCGCCGACCCGUUCGUUGCUCUCGUUGGCCGCUUCCUUCUGUUUACGUCCUUCGUUGAACCCUCCAUCCGACGACGCCCUUUCUCGGCGCGACUCUGGGAUCCCACUGCCGACGCCAGGACUCGAUCCGAAUUUAAUAAUAGUCGCUUUUCUCUGUCGGCGGCUCAUUUUACCGCCAGGGAUUUUUUCUUCUUCUCUGCCUCCUCUGUCGGCUGCUCCGCUGCCUGAACACGUCUCGCGCGGGAGGCCAAGAAAGCCAACCACCGGCCCAACAACAGCGACAAGACCGGUGACCCGACGUCAACAAGCCCUCUUCCGCGUCUCCUGUUCGCCCAGAACAACCGCCCACCAUGUCGGAAUCGCUUGGCAAUGUCUUCAAAUCCUUUUGGCAUUCGAUGACGAGCUAUGACCGACACUCUAAUUUCGACUCGCCAUAUCGCACGGGCCGUCACGUCCCCCUUGGGCAAGGAGGGAUGGGCGGCUUGACAUCUGUUGCCACCGCCUCCGAGUCCCGAGCCGACCUCUCGUCCCCAUUCGCCGAUGAAAUAGCACGCUUCCCUAGGAGCGGAACCGCAUACGAUAAUGGCGCCCUAUCGCCCGCGCUGAGCCCCGGCCCCAUCAGGCCAUACUCACCCGGACUCCGGGGCGAGAGUGCUAGAAGGUCGGACGGAGAUGGCUACGAGAAUAACAGUCCUGUCGGAGAGAUCCCCAUGCAGUCCUUCCAGGACGGUAUGCCGCCCGCCCCUCCUGUCCACCACAGCUGGAAGCGCAUCGACAGGUGGGCAGACGAAAACUACCCCGAACUGUUCGAUCAGGUCUGCGAGGGAUGCACCAACAACGAUCUCAACGAGCUGGAGCACCAGCUGGAUUGCUCGCUUCCGAUGGACGUCCGCGAGUCCCUGGCAAUUCACGACGGUCAAGAGCGCGGCGGUAUUCCUACCGGCAUUAUCUUCAGCGCAAUGCUGCUCGAUUGCGAGGAGAUAGUGCAGGAGUGGGAGAACUGGAGGAAGGUGAACCACGAGUUCUUGAUGGAUACCAACAUCGUGAAUCCCGCCAUCCCCUCGAAAGCACUCGGUGGCAGCAGCAGCCAUGCAUCCUCGUCAAGGGCCGGUCCUUCCAGCGCGUCGUCUUCACCCAGCCGGACGAACUGGCGGCAAGAUCUUCUCGCCCGUCAGGACUCGAUCCCUCCCAACGCCAUUCAAAAGGCCUACGCACACCCCGCUUGGAUUCCCCUUGUCCGUGACUGGGGCGGCAACAACCUGGCAAUCGAUCUGGCUCCGGGCCCUGCUGGUACCUGGGGUCAGGUUAUUCUGUUCGGACGCGACUACGACACCAAAUACGUCGUCGCCCGCUCCUGGGGCCAUUUCCUCGCCGUUGUUGCCGACGACUUGAACAGCGGAAAGUGGUGGGUCGAUGAAGAUACCAAAGAACUAAAGCUGCGCGAGUUCAAGACUUCGCGUGUCGAGCCGUCAUACUUUGACAUUCUGAGGUGGAGAACGGACCAGAAGAAUGGCCGUCUUGGUGCCAAGAGGAGGUCCGUCGUUCCCGUCGGUGCCGCUUCACCCACUGCCCCCGGAUCGCCCUACACUAGCCCGAUCGAUGCCAACCCGGAGCCUCGAGGAAGGCCGCUUCAGCGCCUGAGUGUCACGUCCCCUCUUGCAAGCCCCAACCGCCCUGGUUACGGAAAGUCUAGCCCUCUGGCCAGGGUUACAGAAGAGACUUCCCUGCCCGACUCUGAACUCGGCAUCUCCCCUACCAGCCCGCCUAGCACCAAGCCCAAGGAGAACCUAGUCGAGCUUGACACUCCGCGGCCGAGUGUGAGCAAGGAUGAGGUCAGGACUGGAACCCCGGAUAGGAUCUCGAACCUGAUGAACGGAAAGGCCUCGGUACCAACAGCACCCAGCUCUCCCGCCGAAAGCAACAAGAUGGCCUCGCCCUCCGACGCCAAUGGGAAAUCAGCCAAGGCAAACGGCAAGCAGCCGGCAGGACUGGAGGAGUCCAUGAAGACGAUCGAAAUCUAGAGAGAUUCGGUCACAUGACGCGUUUACGAAUUUGUGGGCUCCUCGCGUGUCCUUGCGAGCAAAAUUCCGGGGGGCCUGAUGGAGGAGGAUUGUUAUGUUAUUGAGAGACGAAGACGAGCACUGGACAUUUCGGCGUUUCACGGCGUCCUCUACGGCAGCUUACGACUUACAGUCCAGCGUUGCCAUGCCUUUAUUUAUUUUCUCGUUUCCUUCUGGUUCUCAUGCCCACGUUCAUCAUUAUCAUCUUUUACUCCUUUGUUUUUUGUCUUCUCCCACCACGUCCGAUACAUGCAGCAUUAAGAGGCGACGGCGUCUCGAAUUUCCCCAGGCUCCUUCGUUCGGCAACGAAAGCCUCAUUCUUAUUACCAUGUUUUGAGGGCUCGUCAAAUGUAUCAAAUUUCGCCUGGCUCAACAGGAUCCCUAUUGCCAGAGACAUUGCUCUGGUCAUCAGGGGGAACCCAAGGACCCAGGCCAAGGCUCUGGCAUUUUCCGGGCCUGUAACAACAACGCGAAUCUGGUCUUUGUCUCCUUUUCUCCCCCUCCAAAAGUUGGCCGUGCUGCACUCACAGCAACUUUGUUGCAUGUGGCUCUUUUAUAAUUCCACCAUUAUUCCUCGGGUCGCACUUCAACCUCGCAACUCGGCCGAGUUACAUGGAUUCCCAUUCUUUUGUGGCAACGAAACAUCAGGCUGGGCAAUCACAGGGGGUUCGACCUCGGCAGCGUUAGAUGACCAGAGAGCCGCGAUCCCUUCGAAUAAUCUUUCGGUUUGAGCUUGGGGUGGGUUUUUUUUUGUCAAAGCUGUAUAUAUCUGCGCGAACAUCAGGAUGGGCUCGAUGAUGGGGCUCUGAGCUGGUGUCGCUGACACCUUGCCCCCUGUCUACCAGUGAGGAUAGUAAUGGUUAUGACGCAACUUGAUCUAUGGCCACCUAUUUCCGAUAUUGUAAUGUGAGAACAGUGUCUGCUUUA